GUUUUCUUUGGUUUGUGUUUCUAUGAAACGCUGGCAGAUUAAUACAAAGAAGAAGUUUGUAUCAUGUCGUUUAUAACCAAUGAUGUCAAUACUCCUAAGCUUAAGGACCUGAGCACCAUUCGUAAUGAGCAAAAGGAGCUCAAUAUCGCGCCAGUGCACAACUUGAAUGUAACAUUUGAGACAGCCACCUUUGGAAUGGGUUGCUUUUGGGGAGCAGAGUCGUUGUAUGGCGCAACUCGGGGCGUUAUUCGGACUACUGUGGGUUACUCUGGAGGAAGCACUGAAGUCCCAACGUACCGUACAAUGGGCGAUCACACAGAGGUAUUGGAAAUUGACUAUGACCCCUCAGUCAUAAGCUUUAAAGAACUGCUGGAUUUGUUUUGGAACAACCAUGAGUACGGUUUGACCACGCCUAUAAAACGGCAGUACGCAUCUCUCAUACUGUACCAUAAUGCUGAACAACAGGAAAUUGCAAAGGCAUCUAAGCAGGAGGAGCAAUACCGCCGCGCUCCGGAGAUAAUCACAACAGUAAUUGCACCCAAGCGACAUUUUUAUACGGCAGAGGACUAUCACCAAAAGUACAGACUGCAGGGCCACAAGGAUUUUAUGAGUUCGCUAAAUCUUAACCCAAUGUUGCUGCAGACUUCUUACGUGGCCACAAAGCUAAACGGCUACCUGGCGGGAGCUGGUAGCAUGGAACAAUUUAAAUCCGAGGUGGAAUCAUUGGGCCUGACACCAACACAACGGCAGUAUUGCCACUACCACAUUGAGCAAAAUGAGGGCCAGGGACUGUAUUGCUGAUUAGACCCAAAUGUUGAGAUCGGGUUGGUGGAAGGAGGAUAAAAAGAUAUACACAAACCUGAUUGUGUUAUCUUAGAAAAAAUCAUUUAUUACGUAUUUUUAAUUCAGGUAUUUUAUUCAAAUAAAAAAAUAUUCCUCUUAGUAUA